AAAUCACGUGCUGCCUCUAUCUGCAUUAUGGGGUAGUAUGUUUUCAUCUUCCUCGCUUAAAAGCUGCCAUAACCCAACUGAUUUUUUAAAGCUAACCUAACUGAGUAAAGCAAACACUCCCAAAAACUAGUCUUCCAGAAUCCCAAAAUAAAAAUGCUUCCCCCUGGUAGCGGCACAGGCAUUUUCAUUCACAAUUCCCCAAAGGUUAUUCGCUUACUACUACAAGGAUGCACCAACAGGCCCUUCUACCACAUAGUGGUUAGUGUGACUAGAGCGCAUCAGAGCCGCCCCGUUAUCGAGCAGCUGGGCAGUUAUGAUCCCUUACCAAACCAGCACGACGAGAAACUGGUGGCGCUGAACUUUGAAAGAAUCAGAUACUGGAUCGGAAAUGGGGCCGCCAUCACAACCCCUGUAGCACAGCUGUUAGGGCUGGCCGGAUUUUACCCAAUACACCCCACCAGCUACAUGCAAGCGUGGAGAAACAGGCGCACUUUAGGGGAGAAGGAACACAAAGUUCCAGAGGAACCACAAGAAAAGUUAGAAGAGACUGCCAGCUAAUAUGGGACUUAGUAAGACUCAGGUGUUUUAGUCUAUAGCAUUUUUAAGUAUAUACGUGUGGAAAUAGAUGCGAUAAAUAAUCCCCAA